CACGAUACUAUCACCGUUUCGGCCAUCGAGUCCGUGUGGUUCCACAGGAUUGGUGCUUCCCCAUUCUGUCCCCGUCGGAAUGUCUAUCGAUAUUGAAACAGCUUGCCAUGCCCAACCUCGCGAGCUUAUAUAUGUGGCUGCGAUUGCAGGCUCGGACGACGAGCUGCUCGCCCACGUCGCGAGAGCGUACCCGCGGUUGUUCCAUCCGGAGAUCCACCGCUAUCGUAAGAUCCGGACGGAAUACGUGCAACAUGUGCACAUAGCACGCAUACUCGCUGGUGCCAAGUCGUUGCGCACGAUACACCUCAACCUUAAUUUUCGCGACGACCACGGCCCUUACUGCCUAAAUGGCAUGCUUCGCGGUCCGUGGUACUUCGCGUUCAGCACGAUGUACGGGCCAGAAAUCGUUGAGGAAAGCUGUCCGCUGCUGGAAUACGUCGGUUUUCUGUACCAUGACGCAGCUCGCACCGUCUGGGUCCAGUUUCAUCCUUCGCGAUGUGCUGAACGUUUAGUACGCCCCAACUAUGGACCUGGCUGACAUGGGGCGGCGGUAGCGGCUUCGGACGAGCUGUACAUGGUGGUCCUAUGAAGACACAGCAUUCGUGCGAGAUGCUUGUUGUACUCUACGUGUAUCUCUCCGCCUCUUUGAUACUGCC